CAAUGCCGGUGCCGGAGCAGCCCGCGGAGCAGGAGAAGGGGGCCGCGGUCGCCCCCGUGAUGCCGGCCUCCAACGGAGACAGAUCUGAGACGGAGACAACGUCCUCCAUCCUCGCCUCUGUGAAAGAGCAGGAGCUUCAGUUUGAGCGCCUCACCAGGGAACUUGAGGCAGAGCGUCAGAUUGUCGCCACCCAGCUGGAGAGGUGCAAGCUGGGAUCCGACGCAGGGAGCAUGAGCAGCAUCAGUUCAGCAGAUGAGCAGUUUCGAUGGAGAGCUCAAGCCGAUGGACAAAAGGACAUUGAGGACGAGCUGACAACUGGUUUGGAGUUGGUGGAUUCCUGCAUUCGCUCCCUUCAAGAAUCAGGAAUACUCGACAGUGGAGAACGACCGGCUCUUCUUUCCCAGAGUUCCUUGCAGCUUAACUCCACCCCGGAGGCUUCGCUCCAGUACUCUGCCAGCUACCAUAGCAACCAGACCCUCGCCCAUAGCGACAGCAUCUCCGCAGCAACUUCUCAGCGCAGCGGGCAGGUUGGAGGAGCCGUGCACAGCUACAACCAGGUGACCUCCAGCCGUGCCGCCCAGCAGCAACAGUCUCAUUCUGGGGCAGGGUCAGGUAUCUACUACUCCAGCUCCACCUUACCCGCCCAGCGCGUCAGCUCCCCUCUCUCUGGAGGAGCAGGAGGCUCGGGAUCCGGUUCCCCGGGGAAGCUCCAGCGGCUGGGAUCAGCCUCGGACACAGCGGGUUACUCCACCACUCAGCGCCUGCCUUCCUCCUCCUCCUCCUCCUCUCCCAGCAAGCAGUCUCCUGGUACUCGACUGGCCAAGUCGUACAGCACCACGGUUGCUGUGACUACAGCAGGUGGGGGCGUGUCUCCCCUGAGGGUCGCAUCUCCACCCAACUCAACAGCAGCAGGGGGAGGGGCCGGCUCGUCAUCGUCCCCUCUUCACCAGAUGAGUUCGGGCAUAGGGAGCUAUGCCACUCUGUCUCCCAAGCGACUGGCAGCUCAUCACGCUUCUGACCAGUACAAGAUCGCCCACGAGCUCUACGCCACCGCGACCCUCCAGAGGCCGGGCAGCCUGGCAGGCUCUCGUGGCUCCCACAGUAGUCAGCACAGUCAGGAGCCCCUCCGGCCUUUGGGGUCCCCAGACCACCAUAUCGAUCCCAUAUAUGAAGAGCGUGUGUACCACAACAAGGGCCCCAUGAGGAGCCUGAGCCAGAGCCAGGGGCCGGACACAGGCCCGUACCGCAACAACACCGACCUUACCCAGCGUGUCCAUGACCAGAUCCUAAGUUAUGUCCUCUGUCCCUACUUUCCCGUCCUAGCUCCCUCUUCCCCCGGUGUCGACUCCGCCCCUUUGCAGCGUACAGCAAGUCAUGGCACCGGGACAGGGAACUACAGCCGCGGCGGGACCAACAACUACGCCACGGUGGGACCGGGCUACACCUUGAGCGGAGGCAGCGGAGACGUGUAUGGCUCGGACCCCUAUGUGGCGGACCCCUAUCGCACCCUGCAGUACUGCCCCUCAGUGGUGGAAUCGCCCUACAGCAAGUCUGGACCAGCCCUGCCACCUGAAGGCAACCUGCAGCGCUCACCUUCCAUCGACUCCAUCCAGAAAGACCCCAGGGAGUUUGGGUGGAGAGAUCCUGAGCUGCCAGAGGUGAUCCAGAUGUUACAGCACCAGUUCCCAUCGGUGCAGUCCAAUGCCGCAGCCUACCUACAGCAUCUCUGCUUCGGAGACAACAAGAUCAAAGCCGAGAUCCGCAGACAGGGAGGCAUCCAGCUGCUGGUCGACCUACUGGACCACAGGAUGAGUGAGGUUCACCGUAGCGCCUGCGGAGCCCUGAGGAACCUGGUGUACGGCAAGGCCAACGAUGAGAACAAAGUUGCCCUGAAGAACUGCGGCGGGAUUCCUGCUUUGGUCCGCCUGUUGAGGAAAACUGCAGAUGUGGAGAUCAGAGAGCUGGUCACAGGUGUGCUCUGGAACCUUUCGUCAUGUGAUGCUCUGAAGAUGCCGAUCAUCCAGGACGCCCUGGCCGUUCUCACCAACAGCGUCAUCAUACCGCACUCCAGCUGGGACUCCUCCCCCAAUCACCUCGACGACCGCAAGCUCCACCUGCAUACCUCACAGGUGCUGCGCAAUGCUACAGGGUGUCUCAGGAAUGUAAGCUCUGCCGGUGAGGAGGCGAGACGGAGGAUGAGGGAGUGUGACGGCCUGACAGAUGCUCUGCUCUACGUCAUCCAGACCUCUCUAGGCAGCAACGAGAUCGACAGCAAGACUGUAGAGAAUUGUGUUUGCAUCCUGAGGAACUUAUCGUACCGUUUGGCCGCCGAGACGUCCCACGGCCAGCAGGGGGGGCUGGAGGAGCUGGACGGCCUGCUUUGCGACGCCAACGGCCGCGACGCAGAGAGCUCUGGCUGCUGGGGCAAGAAGAAGAAGAAAAAGAAGGGAGCCGAUCAGUGGGACGGCGUGGGCCCCUUUCCGGACACAGCUGAUCCUCCCAAAGGGGUUCAGAUGCUGUGGCACCCGACCAUCGUCAAACCUUACCUCACCCUGCUGUCUGAAUGCUCCAAUCCCGACACCCUGGAGGGAGCAGCCGGGGCUCUGCAGAACCUCGCCGCAGGCAGCUGGAAGUGGUCGGUGUACAUACGGGCCGCGGUACGCAAGGAGAAAGGCCUUCCCAUCCUGGUGGAAUUACUGAGGAUAGACAACGACAAGGUGGUGUGUGCCGUGGCCACCGCCCUCAGAAAUAUGGCCCUGGACAUUAGGAACAAAGAGCUCAUUGGUAAAUACGCCAUGAGAGAUUUGAUCCAUCGGUUACCGGGCUGCAGCAGCAGCAACAACAACGCCACCGGCAGUGGGACGUCCGGCACCAGCGGCCCACCCAGCAAGGCCAUGUCGGACGACACGGUAACCGCCAUCUGCUGCGCCCUGCACGAAGUCAUCACCAAGAACAUGGAGAACGCGAAAGCCCUGCGUGAUGCCGGGGGCAUCGAAAAGCUCAUCGGCAUUGCCCGCAGCAAAGGAGACAAACACUCAGCGAAGGUGGUGAAGGCAGCCUCUCAGGUCCUUAGCGGUAUGUGGCAGUACAGAGACCUCCGCUCCCUCUACAAGAAGGAUGGUUACUCCCAGUACCACUUUGUGGGCUCUGCCUCAACGAUAGAGAGGGACCGACAGAGGCCCUACUCCUCCUCAAGAACUCCCUCCGUCUCCCCCGUUAGGACAUCCCCGAAUAACCGCUCCGCGAGCGCUCCAGCCUCCCCCAGAGAGAUGAUGAGUCUGAAGGAACGCAAGAUGGACUAUGAUUCCACAGCAACCAACGCUGGUUUCCAUAGCAACAAAGGAGAGCACACAUCCCGGAAAGACGGCAUGGCAGUUCAAGUAUCCUGUGGAACAUCAACGUUGUUCCGAAACUCUUACCUGACCGCCUGCGAUGACAUCAAGCAAAACCAGUCAUUCUUGCUUGCCGAGCCUCACCACCACCUACCACUUUUACCCCACUUCCACCUGCUCCCCCACCAGGCUCCAACCCAGUCCGGCGUCUUGUCCCAGCAGGACAGCCCGUCAGCAGCCGUGCUAAAGGACUACGACCCCUACCCCCCCCCUCCCUCCUUCCCCCAGCCUCAGCCGCCGCAGCCGCCACCUCACAGCCAGAGUCGCAGCUUCAGUGAGGUCUACUACGAGGACCAGGGACCUCCACCUCCACCGUCCCACCCGCAGCCACAGGUGCAGGCGCCGUCCCAGCCCCAGGCCCAGCCCCAGCAGCCUCCGAGCUCCACCGGACCCCCCAGAGACCCGCGGGAGGACCUGCGCAUGCACCUGGGCCUCAAAUCCACCGGCAACUACGUAGACUUCUACUCGGCCUCUCGGCCGUAUAGUGAACUGAACUAUGAGACCAGCCAUUACCCGGCCUCGCCUGACUCCUGGGUCUAGUUGGGCCGGAAUAAUGUUGGGGGGGGAGGGCGGGGGCAGAGAGGGAGUCUGUGUGUGCGAGUGUGAAAGGAUAACAGCAAAUGGCCUGUUGCAACGGGAUCUGGUAGCCAGUGGCAAGAAAUGUGUGUUCUUUAAAUAAGGGGGAAGACGGCAGUAGAUUGAGUUGAGAAGCGACGUCAGGUCAAGUGACAAAGAGAUACUGUGCAUGUGCAUGCAGACAUUUUCCGGACUUAUUUAAUUUCUUUCUUUUCGGCUCCAUUGCAAAACCAUUGAGUGGAUCAAGGGGGACUAGAUGUGAAGAAGUUGGUUUUAAAAGGUGAGGGAGAAGUGGGCAGGGGAGUACAGAAAAAGAGAAUGACCAGCUGGAGCGAGUGCUCGAGAGAGAUCGGGAGGGGAGGAGGGCGAUGGGAUCAUGAAAUAAUGGGGAGGGGGAUGAGAGCGAGCUCUUACGCUGUAGGAGCAAGAAGUGGCCUGACCUUUUGUUGGAGAGAGAGAAGACGAGGGGGAGGGAUGAAGAUGCCGUGAGGGUUCUUUUUAGGAGGUCAGGAGGAAUAAAAGCACAGGAAAAAAUGAAAUCACAUCAGGCACACGGCAAGAAGUGGAUGUGUGACAAACGUAGCACUGCUUUAACCCAAUCACCACCCCCCUCCUUUUUUGUUGCAAUGGCCUUGCCGCCUACUGAAGCUUCUGAAUUUAUUUCAUUGAAUGUCAUCUUCAACAGACUUUUUUUUGCGUUCAUUAUUUUAUUUUUAUUUUUUUUUUACUUGUACUUUUCUAAAUUUUCAC